CAAUAGAUAUAAUCUCCAAAGCAAAAAGGUAAGCAAUUCGAUGCUGUAUCACAUGCACCACGACAGAGAUGGAUUACAUCAUCAAAUAGUGCCCUGCAAGCUUUUAGAGACGGAGCCAAGUGUGCGUCGGUCCGUGGAGAUGCGACAUCUCCUUAAAGAAACGCCAAGUACUUCUAUACAUGGUUGUUGAAUUUACCUCAUAUUUCGUUCCCAACUAACAAGGUAACUUUUAAGAGCAGAUUCUUUAAUCCGAUUCACGACCACAGGCGUUGCAUGGAAUCUCGCGCAUUGAUCCACUGUACAAAUGUCUGUGAGGGUAAAUAUAAUCACGUAUAAUCACGUGUUGGAAAGGCAGCCAAUGGCAGCGAGGCAAGCGUUGGGAAAUAAUUACCUGCCUUGAUUGUUCUAUGGUAGAUACAAAAAGUACACAUAAGCUCCAUAUAAUAAUCGGAUGCAUGUAAAAGGCUCGGGAAUCUUCGCCAUGUCGACCACGGGUCCCAUAAGUAAUUAUUAUGUGGAUUCCUUGAUCAACCAUGAAAACGAGGAUGUCCUCGCGCCUCGGUUCUCGGCGCCUGGUUCGCACCCCGCCGUCCCUCGUCCGACUUCCCUGGUCGCGGAGUGUGUUGACUAUCCGUCCUGCAGCUUCGCACCGAAACCAGCAGUGUUUUCUACCUCCUGGACCCCUGUACACUCCCAGCCUUCGGUGGUUUACCAUCCAUACAGUCAUCCACCUCAUUUAGGAACAGACUCGAGAUAUAUGCGCUCAUGGUUGGAACCGAUAUCCGGUGCCAUGCCUUUUCACGGGUAUCCAACGAACAGCAGACAUUACGGGAUAAAGCCUGACGCCUUUCAGGAGCACAAAACGAGCGAAUGCCCCGGCUCUAACGGACGCACCUACACGGAUUAUCUGUGCUGCUCCAUCGGUGACAUGCGGGACAAGACGCACCAGGACCUCCCCUCUCCCGCAGCGGAGCUCGCUGCAUCGGGGAAGCAUAAGGACCAGAAACCAGAGCUAGACCCCAAUAACCCAGUGGCAAACUGGAUACACGCACGAUCCACAAGGAAGAAGCGAUGUCCUUACACCAAGUACCAGACUCUGGAGCUCGAAAAGGAGUUUCUGUUUAACAUGUACCUCACGAGGGACCGCCGUUACGAGGUCGCCAGGGUGCUGAACCUGACGGAAAGGCAAGUGAAGAUCUGGUUCCAGAACCGGCGGAUGAAGAUGAAGAAAAUGAACAAAGAGAAGACCGAGAGCAAGGAGCCAUAACGGCAGCAAUGGACAUAAUCAGAAAAUACUGACCACCUGUUUCCCCACUGGCGUUGGACGGCACACACACAGGCGACCCGCUCUCUGCUCCCAGCCGUCGGUCGGACCUGGUUUCAGCUCGUCGAGCCAUUUUGACGCUCACAAUAUAUAUUGGUUUUCAAUGCACUCAUACUUGUGAAGCUCUUAAAAAAGGCUAGGUUUUAGAGAGAAAUCUACAAUUUAUUUGAAUUUAUAUGUUUCACUUUAAAUCAAAGGGAAUUAAUACAGAUUUGGAUAUUAAACAUGCAAAAUAAGAGAGGGGAUACUUGAAUCGUUUAGAAUUUCAUUAGUGUAUAAUUUAUAAAGUUCAGGUGAACUUGUUGAUGAUUGUGUUCCCAAUAUUCUUUGGUGUUCUCUUUUCAUGCAGUCGUAGUAUUUUUGUAGGCUACAGAAAUAUUGAAUUGGUUGAACUUGUCUAUCUCGUGUUUUGUGUUACAUGUUAAUGUGUAGAAACAAAAUGUGCUUCUCUUAUUGUUUGACUAUUUUCUACAAUUUGGGUUAUUCAACGUAGAAAUUCCACCCUGACUAUUAAUACAUAUUAAAAUGUAACCAUAGCCUACCAUCUUAUUUUUGUGUAAUUUAUGUCAGUUUUUCAGGACUCCAUAACGUUCAUUAACUUACAACAUUGAAUAAAUCGUGAACUACAAAAUGACACGAGUUAAUAUG